UUAUUUUAUUUGUGUGUUUGGUGUCUGUGCAGUCGGACUACCGGCUGAUAUCAGGCUGUGGAGACUUUUCCAAUUUCUCAUACUUGAAGGUGGACACCAAGGCUUGAAGGACUGGAGCCGUCUGUGAGGAGAGACAUGGCAAAAACGGAAUGGUUAUAACGAGGAUUUGUGAACAAAAAGUAUGGCGUAUCCAAGUGGCAAUAUGGCGACUGAAAGCUUUGCUGAAGCUCUGCACAGACUGAAGGAGAUCCAUGACAAGGAAGUACUAGGUAUGCAAGCAAAGCUCACAGAAUUAUCAAUGGAGAAGUGUCGGGACUCACAAAGGAUCGAGGAGCUAUUUUCUAAGAACCACUUACUAAGGGAACAGCAAAAAGGGCUGAAUGAAAACAUUAAGGUUCUUGAAAACAGACUAAGAGCCGGCCUGUGUGACCGAUGCACAGUGACCCAAGAACUAGCAAAAAAGAAGCAACAAGAAUACGAAAACUGUCACUUCCACAAUCUUCAGCAGAUCUCGUCUCUAACCAAUGAAAUUAAUUUGUUGAAGGAAGAGAAAAAAAGCCUCCUGGAUGAGCUGAAAAAAUGUGCGGAGAUGAAUUCAAGUGAGAGGAGCAGAUCCAGGAGUCAGACCCCUGAAAAUAAUGUCACCUCUGAGGCACAACAGCCCGGUCUCUCCACGGCAAAUCAGAAAAACGCCACCGAAAAGACAAACAAAGACAGGGAGACGCCAGAAACCAUCCCUGAACGUCAAGUUCCUGAAGAAGCUUGUGCAGCCGUCCUAAGACUGUCACCAUCAGUAAAGCAGUUGCAGGGAUUGGAUUACGAAGCUCGCCAGUCUGACAUGAAUAUGUCUGGGGUGCAGAAACUGUUCCUAAGCACACACAAACAACAAAGAAUAUCCAACCAACUUCAUGGAACCAUUGCUGUACUGAGACCAGAAGCCAAAAAUGGACCCAAUGUGCCACCACCACCACCACCCAUCCAUAAGUGCAGCCCAAACCAUGAAAUGCAUUCCAAGGAGCUCCCUAUGGAAGCAUGUGGUCCCCCUUUCCCGCUUGAACCCUUAAAACAUGUCCUCUCAGAAGAACAAUUUACCCUCUUGAAACAACACUAUGUCCAAAAGCAUCUGGCACAAUGUGGUACUGUGUUGCACAACGAGGGGGCAGCUCAUAGGUUAUUGGACAAACAUCGAGAGACUCCUCUAGAAAGGAGACGACCUGAAGAUAAUUUGGAAGAAAAGGUGGCAAUGGCAGAGCUACAAGGAGCUGUGUUAUAUGUCAGAGAGCAAGGACUGAAGAACAGAAUAAACCAGGCAAUCCAAAGAGAGAAACUUCAUUACCUAUUAACCAAGCAUGGCCAAGGACUUAGGAUACCAAAUUCGAGAGGAGAUUUCCCAAAAUGUCCACGAAGAGAAAGCCAAGAAGACAAGGAAAUGUCCCUGAUGCAAGUUUUAAGUGCACACUGGAGGAACAAGCACAUAAAUUGUCAAGAGGGGGCGCAAGACUGCGAAGAACAAGAAUCCAAGUGUGCAGAGGCCAAGUCAAGAUCUGAGGAACAAGAGGAGAAUCCAGAUAGACCACUUGACCUCUCUGACACCAGAAGAAAUCACCACACCUAUCAAAACGAUAUUAAGAAAGAACAAAGGCAUAGUUCCGAAGGUCAAAUGCCAAGCCCAACAUCCAAAUAUAAUACCUCUCCUCCCAUCAAGGCAUCAUGCUCUGACCACAUAUAUGGAACUGGACUGGAAGAUACCACAUUGGCGGCUAAGGGGGGACACGUGAAAGAUGCAGAAGAAGAUGCAAAAGAUAAAGUGAUAGACUUCAAUGUGGUUUCACAAGCAGACAAGGGAUUGUCUAUUACAAAGAAAUUAACGAAGGGACGCAAAAGACACCGAAACUCAGAUGGGGAUGAAGAACAAAUCGGAGAUGUGCAAUCCCCACAACAAGACUUGGAUGAAGAAUCAGACACAUCAGACAGCGAGGGAGAAAUGGAAAGAUCAGAACCAACCCCAGCAGAUAGGCUGAGAAACAGUUACCCCAACGAGAGGAGCCCAGAGAAAGCCAGAUGGAAGAAGAGCCUGCCUCACGCGUCCAAGAAAUCUCUCAGGACAAAGAAGAAAGUCAGAGCCCAGUCUACAGAGAGCGCGACCUCAGAGGAAAGCGACCACAACGACCAGCCAGAGUGACAGGACGGAGAAUAUAAUGGCAUUACCUACAUAGGAUAGGCAUCCAGUACCAGGCAGCAUCCGUCACCCGGAGAAGCGGAAGGAGACACAGGGCUGGCGCUCUCAUAUACAAAUCCUCCAUGUUAUCUGUAUAUAAUCCACACAUUUGGGGAUGAGGAAUAAUGAGGUGUAAAUUCAGCUUGCACACAAUGUAAUUGUGACAUAGCAUUUAUUUAUUGAGGUGUCAGACACAGAAUUUACUUGAUAUGUAGUCGGGUCCUGCAUAAGAUGACCCACAGCGACACCAUAUGCCACUCUUCUAGGUUGCCCGCCCUAACAUGCUGACAGUGCCAUUUUUCCUGCGGCAGUCCUAAUUUUGUGCAAGGUAAUGAGUGGGAGAGGUGUGGUGGACCCUGGCAUAGCUGUGGGCAAUUUGUUGAGACAAAUGGAUUAAAAGAGCAAUUCCAUUAAUUAUUAAAGGGGUUGUCUUGGGAUACAUUGGUGGCAUAUCACCACUGCCCGAUUGUGGUUGGUGCUGGGAUCCACGUGGACGGCUACUGGAAUAGGCAGAGAAGUGGCACCUCGCACUGCUGCCAGUUCAUUCUAGCGAUGGCCAGGGAUCACUCCAUCAUGAAGAUAUCCAUGACAUAUUCUUGGUAAAUGCCACCAAUGUAUCCAUAGACAACCCCUUUAAGGUCAGCUUCAGACCCGAUAUUCAUACUUUCUGAUGUUCUUAAUGAUGGCUGUCUUCUCUAUAUCAGCUAUCAAAGCAAGAAUCCAUUGUCCGUCCUCGUGUAGUAUAAUUGGGAAGGAAGGCACCAGGGUGUCUGCUGAACACGCGAUGCUCAUGUGCCCCCAUCUGUAUAAUGGUCGAUAUCUCGGGUUCCUCAUGACCUUUGCACUUAUUACAAUAUGGGAUGUAGCACCUAGUCCCAGUGGUAAGAGAUCAGCUCCAAAUGUCCUGCAGACUAAUGAGAUCUCACAUCCCUCGUUACAUUUUCUGUACAUACCAUCUUUAAUGUCAUUAUUUAAGGUAAACCUUUCACGCUCCCAUGAAGUUCAUGAUAUGCACUUUUUCAUUAAUGUGGAAUUCCACCCAGAUGCAUCUGGCAUCCAUGGCAGCAUAUCCGAA